GAGGAGGAGCCAAAAUGGCGGCCAAGGUCACUUCCAGUUGGGCUCAGUUCAGAACUGUUUGCUUGCAUCAGCUUGGGGCCGAGAUAUCUGAAAGAGAGCCUACCCCCAUAUGAACCUGCCCAUGUGAUACUCAUCUGAGACUUGUUAUAUGCCCCACCACUGAGAAAGAUAACAUUGCUGGAAAGAUGGUAAAAUGGACUGCUCUUCCUACAGCUUUGGCAUUUGCAUCUAUUAAUGUAUACGCUGCAUCUGAGGAGGAAGCAAAAUCCCAUCGUGUUAAAGCACAUCAGCUUCCAAUUUAUAAUGCACCACCUCUGGACUCAAGAUACGUUGAUGAAAAGCCUGGCCGGUUGCAAACUGGGAUAUCUUCAGUAAGAAUGACCGCAAGUUACUAUAUUAAUACGUGCAAGAAUGCUUGUCUCUUUGUCAAAAAUGGAAUCAUGUCUUCUAUACUGUUUGGAAAAGAUGUGUAUGCUUAUCUGAAGAAUCCUCCUCCAGAAUUUCUUCCCAAAGUUGGUGUAAUUACAAUUUCAGGACUGACUGGACUAGUGCUAUCAAGACAAGGGUCUCGAUUUAAGAAAAUCGCUUAUCCCUUGGGGCUUUGCACCCUCAGCAUAUCACUUUGCUAUCCAGUGCCGUCAGUACUGUUUACAAAGGUAACAGUUGGAAAGAUAUAUGCUGCAAGCCAUAAAACCUAUGAAGCAAUAGGAUCGCUGUGGACGAAAAGCCCCGGUGUGAAAGAACCACUCACCCAGGAUAAAAAUGCUCAGGAAGUUCCAGGACCAGUCUCAGAAACAGGGCAUCGCACCUCAGAAGCUUGCAAGACUGCUGGUGAAUCAAAGGAAGAGGCAAAAGCAUCCAAGAUGCAGUUUCAUGCAGAGAAGACAGAUUCUGUGCCAUCAACAGCUGAAGUGAAGGUGCCAAGUGUUAGAACAGAUGCAUUGAAGACUUCGAAAUUUAAGCCAGACCCCAUCCUCAUGGACCAUGGCCAGUCCAGCCCGGAAGAUGUGGAUAUGUACAGUACCAGAAGUUAAUAUGCCAAACUCUCCAGUCUUUAAAAUAUGAUGGGACAUUAAAAUGGAAGCAUUAUGCAACUUGUAAUUCUACUCUAUGUGCCAGUCUUGGAUUGAGCAUUUUCUCAAUCCGUCCUGUACAGCCAAUUUAAUCAUUCCCACUGUAUCCUUUUUCUACUGGAAAUAGAAAAAUAUUUUACAGUUAUUUUGGGAAGUAUAACUUGAUAAGGCGCGCAAAGGACUUCAGAUGAGAGUGUUGUUGUCAAGCAAGUAAUAAAUGGGAAUCACUUGGUAAAGUGUUUUCUGUACUGCUUCUGCUCAGCUGAUGAAAGAAUACUUUAAAAAGUAUGUAAAUAUUCUUUAUUUUCUUUAUAUUAAUUUUUGAAAUGGAAGAAGCUGUUCACCAAAACGUCCAGUUAAUAAAACGGCUUUUAAAAUAUAACUAGCACUUAAAAAAUUGCGAGGGAGGACAUUGAUGACAUAGUAUAUUGACAAAGGAUGUGUUACAAAAUAUAUAAAAUAUAAACUAAAGAUUUAUUUUAAAUCACGUUCCCAAAA